AAAGCCUGAAAUAGCAUAGGCAACAUCCAUGGAACAUUCCAGAUCCCUCUAAUCCAAUUUCAGAUCCCUCACACUCUUCUCUCUUCCCAAAUUACAUAUUAUACAUUACUCCCUCUUUAAUUACAAUAAUAAAUAGUAAACAAUAAUAAUAAUAAUAAACAGUAACAAGUAAUAAUGUCAUCAUCAUCAUCGUCGUCGAAUUCUCCGUGCGCAGCGUGCAAGAUUCAGCGGAGGAAGUGUACUCAGGAAUGCGUGUUCGCGCCGUAUUUUCCGCCGGACAACCCACAAAGGUUUGCAUAUGUCCACAAAGUAUUCGGAGCCAGCAACGUUGCAAAGCUUCUCAACGAGCUGAACGCGGCGCAGCGUGAGGACGCCGUUAAGUCCCUCGCAUACGAGGCAGAAGCGCGUUUGCGGGACCCAGUUUACGGUUGCGUGGGUCUCAUAUCCAUUCUCCAACACAAGCUGAAGCAGAUGCAGAAUGAACUCAACAACGCUAAGAAAGAACUUGCGUCUUAUAUUGGACCCCACGCUGUGAUUCCUCCUCAGCCACCGCGCAAUGCUUCUACUUUCUCGCUCUUUCCGUUCAACGCCACGCCUCCUCCUCAGGAUCUUUUCAGGUUCAACGACGACGGAGCCUCCGCUUCACACGGUGGUUUUAACCACCUCUCUGUGUUUUCGCCUUCCCAUGCCGAUCACUCUUUCCGUCAGACCCAAACGCAUCCUCUUCCUCUUCCGCUUCAUCACCACCACCACUUAAUGUUCUCUCAGAUGCAGCCCAAGCCCGAAAGCGACCAGGGAAGGAACACUGCUCCUUCUUGUUGAUUUUUCACUUUCAAGUUCCGUGUUUUUUCAAAACACCUAUUUUAACCUAGCUUUGUUCUUGUCAAUCGGAGGCAAGUGGGUUUAAAGAAGGAAAGAGAAAGAGGGAGAGAGAGAGAGAGAGAAACUUGCAGAAAGAAAGACAAAAGGAAGAUGGGGUAGAGAGAUGAUGGUAUAUGAGACUGACUAAUCCUGCAUUGUUUUUUGGGUUUGAACUCUUAGAUGAUUUUCAAGGUAGAUGCAUUUUAGAAAGUAGGAUCUGCAUAGAUGUUCGAGAACGAUUUUUCAAGUAUAGCAAUUGGACUUCUUUCAUCUCUUCUUAAACAAAAUGUGAAAUCAGCACUCACC